AGGGGUCGGGGGGGGGUCGGGACCCCUUCCGUUCUUCCCCACGCUGCUCGAGUCCCGCCCCGUGAGGAGCAGCGCAGGCGCGCCCCCGGCUCAGCCCAAAGGGCCCCGUCCGCCCCAUCCCGGCCAGCGGAGCCCGACCGAGAGCCCGCUCCUCCUCCUCCUCCUCCUCCUCCUCCUCCUCCGGGGAUUGGCCCACUCCGCCCUGGGCGCCGCCGCCGCCGCUGCUGCUGCCUCUCUGGUGGCCGGGAGUUCCGCAGCCCAACUCGGCCGCCCCCCAGCCCCGCCCCGGGGAGGAGAGCGGAAGUGGCGUCUGCGUGGAGGCCGUAGAAGAUCGGCCCGGAAAAGGAAGCGGCGGCCGCCGCCGCUCAGGCCCCGCCCCUCCACUUCCGGGACCCUCUUCCCCUCCCUCUCGGCUGGGCUCGCGGCGCCUGCGCAGAAGCUGCUCGGAGCGACGCUGCUGGCCGGGGACUCCAUGAGCGCCAUCGGGGGAAGCGGAGGCGGCGGCGGCGGAGGAGGAGGAGGAGGCGGCUUGGAGCCCGACCUCAGCCCGGCCGUCCCCGUCCCCCUCCCCGCCGCCGGGGGAGACAGCGCCAAGGGCAGCCCGGGGCUCGUGGCGGCCGUGGCCGGAGCCGGAGGGGCCGGUGCCUCCUCCUCCUCUUCUUCCUCCUCUUCUUCUUCCUCCUCCUCUUCCUCCUCCUCCUCACUGCUGGCGCAUCCCGCGGAGGCGGCGCCCUCGGUGCCCAACGGGAUCUUCGCGCCGCCUGGAGCAGCCGCCAACGGGGACUCAAAGCCUGCCACCCUCGCCGCCGCCUCCUCCUCCUCCUCGGCCUCCGCCGCCCCGGCCUCCUCUCCCGCCUCCAGCGCCCCGCUGGUUGACUUCCUGCUGCAGCUGGAGGAUUACACGCCCACGAUCCCAGAUGCCGUCACAGGCUACUACCUGAACCGCGCUGGCUUCGAAGCUUCCGAUCCGCGCAUCAUCCGCCUGAUCUCCUUGGCCGCCCAGAAGUUCAUCUCCGACAUUGCCAACGACGCUCUGCAGCACUGCAAGAUGAAGGGGACGGCCUCUGGCAGCUCCCGAAACAAGAGCAAGGACAAGAAGUACACCCUCACCAUGGAGGACCUUGCGCCCGCGCUCUCCGAGUACGGCAUCAACGUCAAGAAGCCCCACUACUUCACUUAGCUGCCCGACCCCUGGAUUCGCUCUUGGACUGCUUCUCUUUCCUCUUGGCUGCUGUACCAUUAAAGUUCUCCCUUUCUUGAG